UAACUGUAACUUAGCGGAAGUUAUAGUAACUUUUAGAAGAGUUAUACUCUCGAAAAAUAAAUUGUUUACUUGCGGAUCGAAACUCGCAUAUUAUUAAUUCUUCCAAUUACUCUUCAGCUAUUCACAAAAUUUUAUUUAUCGAAAUCAUCAAAAGUUAAGAUGGUUAAACGAGCGUGUGGGUUUAUUAUAUUCCGUCGAUUUAGAGGACCUAUUGAAUAUUUAUUAAUGCAGGCGUCAUACGGUGAACAUCAUUGGACGCCUCCAAAAGGACAUGUUGAUCCGGGUGAAAAUGAUAUGCAAACUGCAUUGCGAGAGACUGAGGAAGAAGCUGGUUUCAAGAAAGAAGACCUAAAUAUAUUUCCAGAUGCUAAGCAAGAAAUGAAUUAUAACGUGAAGGGAAAACCGAAGACUGUGAUCUAUUGGCUUGCAGAGCUCAUCAAAGAGAACCGUGAUGUAAAAAUGUCUAACGAACAUCAAGAUUACAAGUGGUUGAUUCUUGAUGAAGCUUGUAAACUUUCUGGUUUUAAGGACAUGGAGGAAACUUUGAGAGUUUUUGAUAAAUAUAUUCAUGAUAAUCUUUCAUAGGUUAAUUAAAUUAGGACAUUUAUAUUCAGAUAAAAAAUAUGUUAUUUAUUUUGUGAUAUAAUAAAAAGGCGAGAAUGAG